AUGGACACAGAGGAUGGACAGGUUUUCAUAAGAAACUUGGCGUACUUUGUACGAACACAUGAGAAAGCGCUCGCAAACGCACUACAGUUGCAGCGACAGGCUCCCAAACAUGAGCGAAGCAAUUCUCUCUCGCCUACCUCGCCCACGGGUCCCUCGAGCCCCCCAGUCUCCACUUCUUCCAGUGUCUGGGCCGCAGCACUCUCGCUACCAUCUUUGACUUUCACAUCUCCCACGAUUAAGCCGGCGAAGUUGACGCUGACACCGCACCAUCUGUUCUACCUGCUCUCGCGAUUUGAGGACACCUCCAUUCCUGUGGGACCCAUGAAUGUUCGACUGGAAAACAUCCACACCGAUGCCUCGCCCACAAACUAUGUGUCGUUCCUCAGCAAUACCCAGCGCCACAGGCAGAAGAACUCAGACGGCAAUUCGAUUCACUCUGUGUCGAGUGUGCGUAGCGUAAUGUCUGGCAUGUCCUCGCUUUGGUCAAGUCUGCGCAUUGGAUCCAAUAGUGCAGCCAAGGCCGAGAAGCAGAAGGCAUUGCUCCAGGAGGAUCUGCGAUACCUCUACUCCGCGUUCACCAAGAUCCCCUGUCUGCGACUAGCUCCGGAUCACAAGGCUCGCCUGAUCGCGGGGUAUGAGGAGUUUCCUUUCGACACUGCUGUGCCACUUUUCGCCUUCAAGAACGUUACAGCGCUGGAGAUCUACGAUGUCGAUUUUCGCCAGUUCUAUGGCUGGGACAGGCUUGCUGAGAACCUUCGCAGUCUGACUGUCAAGCGAGCAGGUGUCGACGAUCCUGCUGAUCUGAUCAUCAACAUUGUCUUGGACGAUAUCGACAAGCGUCGCAGACGUUCUGCUAAGGCACCUCAGUCUCCAGCACCAUGGCCCACGACAAGUCCUACCGCAAGACACGCACACCUAGCCCGGUCCGAGGAGUCGCCGCCGUCCUCGCCCAACGCUUCCAGCAAACAAGGAUCGAGCCCUCGUAAUUCCGAUGUCAUGCGAGACUGCCCUAGCAAAGUGCCUGCGACACAGCGUCAGCGAAGCAAUUCGCCUACUCGACCCACCAGCUCUCGACAUGGCUCGAGCCAUGCUCAUGGCCACGGAAGGAGUUCUGCCCCAAACUACAGGCGUUCAUCUGGUAGCUCGGCAUCAAGCGUCCGAUCGAACACACCAAGGGGAAGUUCGUCUAAUCUACUCUCCCUAGGUUGGUUUCCUUCGACCAAGUGGCGCUUUCUGAGGCAUUUGAGUCUGGCAGACAACGCUCUCACGAACAUAUCUCCUCAGAGUCUUGCGCCGCUUACGAAUACCUUGCAGUCGCUCGACCUCUCCGCCAACCUUUUCAGCGAGAUCCCGGAUAGCCUGGCUACUUUGACUUGCCUACGUGCACUCAACCUGUCAAAUUGCAUGAUCGAGGGGUUGCAAUCCCUAGGACGCAAUCCGUUGCCUGCGAUCACCACCCUGAAUCUGCGGUCCAAUCGUCUAUCGUCACUAGCUGGAAUCGAGCGCCUGCUGUCCCUGGAACGAGUCGACUUCAGGGAUAACAAUCUGACGGAUCCUACUGAGCUCGCGCGACUCACUGUCAUCCCUGACAUGGCCGAGAUCUACAUCCACCGCAACCCCUUUUGCAAGUCAUAUUCCAACUACCGUGUCACAAUCUUCAACUUGUUCCGCCGGACACCUGGCUACACAGAGGAUGUCAUCAUUGACUCAACAGGACCAAGCAAUGUUGAGAAGAAACAACUUGUCGAUCGAGCACCUGAGCUUCCAGGUGUCCCAGUCGUCAAACCGCCGGUCGAAGACGAGAUGCCACCGCCCCAUGUUCCUCCGAUGGUCGUCAAGGCUAUCGACUCCACAACCGAGGACCCGGACCUUCUCGGGCGCUCCGGCUCGGUGCAACGUCAGAAGAGCGCACGGAGCGCGCAGGCUGCGCACGGCUCACAACGGAAGAAGAAGGGUCCCAAGCGGAGGAUUGUUGAGCUCUCGCAUGCUGAGGCCUUGCAACAAUCAAACGCUUCUGGCCUUACUGGAUUGCCUUACGACGACACGUCCGCAAGGACACCGCCCAGGAUACAGAAAACCACCACAGACGUCACAGUGCCAGACAAACCUCGCUUCGAAGAGCCACAGAAUGGGAAAGUCACUGGAGAUCCUGUCAAGAGGCCCUCUCUCGAUGAGCGAGUCGUCAUAGACACUACUCAUACCACCCACCAGCAAUUGCCGCCUAUCGAUACCUCGACCGAGAGCAAAGCUCCUCAGAUCCCCGAGCAGGAGUUCGAUGUCAGCAAUGAUCUGUACAAGAAGAAGAUCGAGGCGCUUCGAGAAGACUUCGGCAACACUUGGUUGACUGCGUUGGGUGACGAGAGCUGGGAUUCCGCCGCUUCAGGCCUGUCGCCAGACCGCGGUUACACCUCACCUACCAUACGACCAGCGAUGCCCCGGACGCCCAGUCAGGGUAUCGUCUCAGGCGGUCGCACACUGGGCUGA